AAAUUCAUUUUUCUCGAAGUUAAUUCGCAGUCUUCUCUCCCAAGAUCCUGUUCAAAUUUGGUUUCCUGUUCUAUUAAACAGAGAUUUGAUAUUAUUAAACCCAGAAAAGAAUUUGAUCAAGUUAAACAAAGUGCCAAAAAAGAAAAAGGAGAAUCCAAAGAGGCAGUAAGGAAAAGAAAAAGGAAAGCAGAUUGAAGCUGCUUGACUUGUUUAAAGAAUUUCAAAGAAAAAGACUUUGAUUUCAUAAAAGUGCAGAAUGAGUCUUGCUGGUUAUGCCCUUUGGGGCUUUUCCUUUUGGAAAAAAAAAGACAAUUUAAUUUGGUGAAGUGGAAUGAAGAGUAAAUUUAGAGUGAAAAGAAGACGGAGAGGCUUAACUGGGCAAAAUUUGGGACAAAUAAUGAAGUGCCUAUGCUCUGGAGAGCAAUCAAGGGCAAGGGCAAGGCCAGUAGAUGAAAUUGUACCUUCAUCCGAGUCUUUUGCCACCAAGGAUUAUUCCUUGGAUGGUUAUUCUUCUAAAAAUGGUGAAGCAGACCAGAAGCAAGAUACCUGCAAUAUAGAGGAAGCUGAAUUAUCACUUAGUGAACAUGGUUCUUUGAACUAUGAGGAAGCAAGAGCAUUACUGGGAAAAAUUGAAUAUCAAAAAGGAAAUAUUGAAGCUGCUUUACAUGUAUUUGAAGGAAUAGAUGUUGGUUCGAUAAUUCCCAAGAUGAAAUAUACUCUUGCUAGAAAAGAAGAACAUCGUAAGCAACAGUCACAAAAUUUUGCUACCCCUCCAAUGUCUGUACACGCCGUCAGUUUGCUAUUGGAAGCAGUCUUUCUAAAAGCAAAAUCACUACAGCAUCUUGGGAGGUUUAAUGAAGCUGCUCAAUCUUGCAAAGUUAUUCUGGACAUUUUCGAAACUUCAUUACCACAAGGCUUGCCUGAAAACUUUGCUGCUGACUGUAAAUUGCUGGAGACUCUAAAAAAGGCUGUUGAGUUGCUUCCAGAACUAUGGAAACUUGCUGAUUGCCCUCGUGAAGCAAUCAUGUCAUACCGGCGGGCUCUUCUCCAUCAUUGGAAUCUUGAUGCAGAAACAACUGCACAGAUUCAAAAGGAGCUUGCCAUUUUUCUUCUGUAUAGUGGAGGUGAAGCAUGCCCCCCAGACCUUCGCUCUCAGAUGAACAGUUCAUUUGUACCUAGAAACAACAUAGAAGAGGCUAUACUUCUGUUAAUGAUACUGCUAAGAAAGGUUUCUCUUAAAAGAAUCGAAUGGGAUGAAUCAAUCUUGAAUCACCUUUCUUUUGCUCUCUUAGUGUCGGGGGAUUUAAAGGCAUUAGCCAAUCAAGUUGAGGAAUUGCCUCCUGGCAUCAUCGAUCGAAGAGAAAUAUGUUAUAUGCUAGCUCUUUGCUAUCAUGGUGCUGGUGAGUAUUUGGUUUCUUUGAACCUACUCAGGAAAUUAUUACACAGUAGAGAGGAUCCAAAGUGUGUUCCUGCCUUAUUAUUGGCAUCAAAGGUUUGUGGGAAUACCCCUAAACUUGCAGAAGAAGGAAUAAAUUAUUCUCGCAGAGCCCUAGAAAACUUGGAAGGUGGAUGUGAAAAAUUGGAAAGUAUUGCUAAUUUUUUGCUGGGUGUCUUACUUUCUGCACAUUCUAAAUCAGCCAUUGCUGAAUCUGAAAGGAUCACAAGACAAGCCAAGGCUUUGCAGGUCCUUGAAUUGGCAGGAAAAAUGACAAGGAUGCAAGACUCCCAUGUUCUUUAUUAUCUCAGCCUGGAAAAUGCAGAGCAAAGGAAACUAGAUGUAGCAUUUUAUUAUGCAUCGCACUUGUUGAAACUGGAAAAUGGAUCUAAUAUUAAAACGUGGCUACUAUUGGCCAGGAUCUUAUCUGCUCAGAAACGGUAUGUAGAUGCUGAUGCUGUUAUCAGUGCUGCCUUAGAUCAGACAGGGAAAUGGGAUCAGGGAGAGCUGUUGAGAACUCGAGCUAAACUUCAAAUUGCACAGGGCCAGUUAGAGAGUGCUGUUAAGACUUAUGGACAGCUUCUUGCCAUUCUUCAAGUUCAAUCUAAAAGUUUUAGUUCUGGGAAGAGGCCACGUGAGGGCAAUGGAAACCUUACUAGAAGUUUGGAACUGGAAGUUUGGCAUGAUCUGGCUUCUGUCUACAUAAGUCUGUCACAGUGGCGUGACGCUGAGAUUUGUCUUUCCAAAUCCAAGGCCAUCAGUUAUUAUUCAGCUUCAAGAUGUCUUACAACUGGUGUGCUUUAUGAAAGAAGAGGCCUCCAUAAAGAAGCACUAAAAGUCUUCACUACUGCUCUGGAAAUUGAUCCCAUCCACGUCCCAAGCUUGGUAUCUACAGCUGUGGUUCUUAGAAGGCUUGGUAACAAUACAAAUGAAGUAAUCAGAUCCUUUCUAAUGAAUGCGCUACGGCUUGAUAGAAUGAAUUCAUCUGCAUGGUAUAAUCUUGGUUUGGUUCAUAAAGCCGAGGGUAGUGCAUCCUCCUUCCAAUACGCAGCUGAAUGUUUCAAGGCUGCAGCCUUUCUUGAAGAGUCAGCACCAGUUGAACCUUUCAGAUGACCAUCACUACUGAGAAGUUCUGUUACUAUCCAUUCUUUGGUAUUUUGGCGAAAUAUUUAUUUUUCAAGAGUUUUGUGUUUAUGUUGUAGCCUAUAACUCAAUAGGGAUAAAGGAAAAUCUUAUUUGUGAAGUGCAUUUCAGUUGCUUGUCUAAACAACUAUUGGAAUUAGCUAAAGGCCCAAUAAUUAGACUCUGUUGUAUGAUUAGAAAUAAGCUAAUCGAUCAAUGGUGUUUAUUCGA